GGUGCAGUGUUUCAGUCAGAAGCAAAACACGACAGAAAUGUUGUUGACAUUCGAUACGAAAUAAUUUUUGUCUGAUAUUUUAUAGCGGUUAUUGGAUAUAAAUAUGAGAACAUCCAUGUUUUUCCUUUACUUCUAGCAUAAGUGAAUCGAUACAGUCAUCCAUCACCAUGUCAGAGAAGUACUCGCUAAAUGGACGCACAUAUCCAUUGGAGACCUAUGGUGCGACUCAAAAGAAGCAUGAGGAUCGAGUUCGGAUUAUCCCUGAUGAACAGAGUUCUGCAACAUCUGACGCAGAUAUUGCCAUGGAGUCACACUCCAGUACCCGACUCUCUGAGGAGAAGGACAACUACUUUCAGGAUGGAGAAAGGAAAAUAGACUUUGUGCUUGUGUAUGAGGAAGAAUCUGGAACACAGAAGAGCCUGGAAACACAGAAAGGAUCUGUUGAUCACAAGAGAUACAAGUUUCUCGAGAGUCUAAGAAAAGCAGGACUGCAAACAGAAGAGGAACGGGUUACUACAGAAAAGCGUAUAAUAACGUACAUCAAGCUGUUUGCUCCGUGGGAAGUGCUUAUAUUCUAUGCGGAAGAUCUGUGUAUGAGGGCCCCGCUACAGGCUCAUCCAAAUCCCUCGUCAAACUGGUCAGACAAGAUUCUCCGGACAAUCCAUGUUCCCAACAUGCUCCAUGAGGAUGUUCCCAAUAAACCACUGGAUUACUACACAUGCCCAUUCAAGAAAUCAAAAUUAGACAGAUUUCUAGGCAGUAACAACCGUGACACCUACUUUUCGACGACACAACGCAGCCGCAUCGUAUGGGAAAUUCUGGCAACAGCCGCGUACGGGAAACGGAAACGAGCAGAAAUUGGUAUCGAGCGGUUGAUAGAAGAGGAUGUAUAUGCAGCAGCAUUCCCUCUACAUGAUGGUCCCUAUGAGUUGCCUAAGUUCUGUAAGCUGGACCCAGAUCAGCUGAAUCCCCGCCAGAUCCUCUAUGAAUACUGGGCGAGCUGGGGGAAAUGGAACAAGUACCAGCCCCUAGACCACAUAAGGGAAUACUUUGGAGAGAAAAUUGGGAUCUAUUUUGCAUGGCUUGGUUUCUACACAGCCUGGUUGUUACCUGCUGCAGUGGUUGGUGUGAUUGUUUUCCUGUACGGCGUGUUCACCAUGUACGACAACAUUCCAGCAAAUGAGAUAUGUGAAAGCAACAAGACGUACAAGAUGUGUCCGCUGUGUGAGGAAACUAUCGGCUGCCCAUACUGGUACCUGUCCGAAGUCUGUAUAUACACUAGGGUUGCCUACCUGUUUGAUCAUCCAGCCACUGUGUUCUACUCUAUAUUUGUGUCAUUCUGGGCCGUGACGUUCCUGGAGUAUUGGAAACGUAAGAAUGCUAGCCUGGCUCACCACUGGGACGUGUCCGAUUAUGAGGAAGAAGAGGAAAGACCCAGACCAGAGUAUGCAGCCAAGGCCCCUACCUAUGAAGAAAACCCUAUCACACGAGUGAAGGAGCCUCAUUUCCCUCCAAGGAAACGUCUACCAAGGAUCCUGUCUGGAAUUGCGGUCAUUGUAGUAAUGAUGACCCUCGUCAUUAUAUUCAUUAUCGCUGUGAUCAUGUAUCGUGUAUUGGUGAGCAUUCCACUGUUUGAGAACGACACAACGAGAGCCCGGGCACAGAUCAUAGCGUCCAUGUCGGCAGCUGUCGUCAACUUGAUUGUCAUCAUGAUCCUGGGUCGGAUUUACGAGAAACUGGCUUUAAAAAUGACGCAAUGGGAGAUGCAUAAGACCCAGACAGAGUUUGAGGACCAGCUCACCUUCAAGGUGUUCAUCUUCCAGUUUGUCAACUUCUAUUCUUCCAUUAUCUACAUUGCCUUCUUCAAGGGCAGAUUUGUCGGGUACCCCGGCCAUUACACAAAGUUUUUUGGUCUUCGAAGUGAAGAUUGUAACAAUGGUGGUUGUCUGGUGGAGUUGGCUCAACAACUGGCCGUCAUCAUGAUUGGCAAACAGAUUAUCAACAACGCACAGGAAAUAAUCGUACCUAAGGUAAAGGCAUUUAUCCAUCGUAUGAAGAUCCAAGUGGAUCGCAGCCACAUAAAGGCCAGAUGGGAGGAGGACUACAAUCUCAUCGAGAAUGAAGGGCUCUUUCAGGAGUACCUUGAAAUGGUGCUGCAGUUUGGUUUUAUCACCAUAUUUGUGGCAGCGUUUCCCCUGGCUCCGCUGUUCGCCCUCCUUAACAACUGGUUGGAGAUACGUAUAGAUGCACACAAGUUCACGUGCGAGACCCGACGCCCAGUCGCAGACCGUGCCCAGGACAUUGGGGUCUGGUUUUCCAUCAUGGAUGCACUGGCCCAGAUAGCUGUUAUCAGCAAUGCAUUCCUGAUAGCAUUUACAUCCGAAUUCUUGCCCAGGCUACUUUACCGGUAUCAGUACAACUGGAACCUUGAGGGUUACACAAACUUCACCCUGGCAACAGCCCCCAAUGGCACACUUACUCAGACUUGCAGGUACAAAGCGUUUCGUGAUGAUGAAGGGAGCUACACAAUGUUUUUCUGGCAUUUAUUGGCAGUGCGGCUAGCAUUUGUCAUCAUAUUUGAGCAUGUGGUGUUUGGGGUAUGUCGCCUGAUCGACAUCAUGGUUCCAGAUGUUCCCGAGUCUCUCUCGCUCAAGAUCAAGCGGGAGCGUUAUCUGGCAAAACAAGCCCUUACUGACACAGAUACAAUAAUGCAGGGUCUUGAUAAAAGCCCUCUUAAUGGCAAAGAUGGAGUUGCUGGGCCCAGCAAUGCUGAUGAUGACGAUGAUGAUGAUGAUGAUGAUGAAAUUAUUGAUGUGAGUGGUAACCCUGUCUGACCUUCUGUCUAUUUUAUUAAUAGUGUCAGUAAAGUUGUGUUUUCUUAAUUUCAUUGAGUGCCUGUGUAGUCCAUUGUAAGAUAAAACUUGUUAUAAGUUUCGUCAAGUUCCUGUUUUCUCUCAAUCUGAUAUAUGUGUAGGUUGUUUUUUUGUGUACUGUUAAUAAAGGUAGUAGAUGUAUUUGUUUCCAUACAAAUAAACUUGUGCAUGAUCCAGACAGAAACAAAACAGGUCAGGCAGGGUUUAAGUCAUAAUGUUGUCAUAGAAUGUCCUAUGUUCAAUUAUACCUGUAUUGUCAUCAUCAGUAUCACGUUCAGAAUUGUUUAUUAGAUAUUGUAUUGUCAUCAAUAAGUACAACUCUGAGAUAUGUGUACUCCCCUCCCCAGAAUGAUGUUAUAUUGUCAAUGUAUAAUGUAAUAUCUUACAUGAUUCAUCCUCAGAAUUGUGCACUCAUAGUUUUAGAUCCUACCAUACUGUGUUCGCAUUAACUGCCCAUUUCCUGUACACAUAAGGCGUUGUGCUGUCAUCAGCAGUCAAAAUGUGUCUACCUAUGUCUAGCGUUGCCAUCAAGAGUUCAUACCUCCUUUUCAACCAUACAUUAUUAUGGUGUUACCAUCAAUAGGUCAUAAAUUGUUCACCUAUAGAUAGAGUGGUGGCAUUAGUAUUUCAUACCUUGCAGUUGCCAUCAAUAGUUCAUAAAUCUUCAGUUGCCAUCAAAAGUGCAUACCUUGUUCAGUUGCCAUCUAAAGUGCAUACUUUGUUAAGUUGCCAUCAAUAGUUCAUACCUUGUUUAGUUGCCAUCAAUAGUAAAUACCUUGUUCAGUUGCUGCCAGUAGUUCAUACCAUGUUCAUUUGCCAUCAGUAGAGUAUAUCUUGCUCAGUUGCCAUCAGUUGAGUAUAUCUUGCUCAGUUGCCAUCAGUAGAUUAUACCAUGUUCAGUUGCCAUCAGUAGAGUAUAUCUUGCUCAUUUGCCAUCAGUAGAGUAUAUCUUGCUCAGUUGCCAUCAGUAGUUCAUACCAUGUUCAGUUGCCAUCAAUAGAGUAUACCUUGUUCAUUUGCCAUCAGUAGAGUAUUUCUUGCUCAGUUGCCAUCAGUAGAUUAUACCUUGUUCAGUUGCCAUCAGUAGAUUAUACCUUGUUCAGUGUCCAUCAGUAGAUCAUACCAUGUUCAGUUGCCAUCAAUAGUUCAUACCUUGUUCAGUUGCCAUCAGUAGAUUAUACUUUGUUCAGUUACAGUCGGUAGAUUAUACCUUGUUCAGUUGCUUUCAAUAGUUCAUACCUUGUUCAGUUGCUAUCUAUAGUUCAUACCUUGUUCAUUUGCCAUCAAUAGUUCAUACCUUGUUCAGUUGCCAUCAUUAGUUCAUACCUUGUUCAGUGUUGCCAUCAAUAGUUUAUACCUUGUUCAGUUGCCAUCAGUAGAUUAUACUUUGUUCAGUUACAAUCGGUAGAUUAUACCUUGAUCAGUUGCUAUCAAUAGUUCAAACCUUGUUCAGUUGCUAUCAAUAGUUCAUACCUUGUUCAGUUGUUAUCAAUAGCUCAUACCUUGUUCAGUUGCCAUCAACAGUUCAUAUCUUGUUAAGUUGCCAUCAAUAGUUUAUACCUUGUUCAGUUGCCAUUAAUAGCUCAUACCUUGUUCAGUUGCCAUCAGUAGAUUAUUCCUUGUUCAGUUGUCAUUGAUAGUUCAUCCAUAAAUAGUGUGUUCUCAUUAAGAAUUCAUACUGUGUUAUGCCCAUUAUAAACACAUGUAUUGUGAUGCCAUCAAGAGUUCAUACAUUGCUCACCCAUAAAUAACAUUUUAUCCUCAAGUGGUCCCUUCCAAAUCUAGAUCAUCCUAGGUGUUAAAAAUCAAAAGGUUCCAGAUUUUCACUGUAAUUUAAAAUGUUAUCAUUUUCACCCCUCAAUUCUGGACUGGUAGGUUAGUUAGUGCAAAAGCAUUUAUUAUAUUUUCAGCUGCAAACUAUUUAAGCAUAUAUAAUGUCUAAACCAUUGACAUUGCAUGCAUAUAUACUUAAAAUUUUAAUGUGAAGUUGAUGACUUUGGUCAUGGCUCAAAAUAAUCAUACAGUGAAAAGCAUAAUCAAUAGAGUUUAAAACUUACGGUUACCAAUUGGAUUCAUUUUUAGAAUAAAUAAUAUGACUUUCCAGAUACAUUUUAUUUUCAUUGAUGUGAUUAAAUGUUCAAGAGAAGAUAAAGAGUGCUGAAUAAAUGUCAAGCCUAGUUAUUGUAUAGUAAGUGGAAAGAUAACCAAGGAAGCAUGAUUUGCCUUCAGAUAGUGUUCAGUUUUCGAAGUACAUUUGUACAUUUCUAGGGAUGAAAGCGACAUUAACA